UUAAUAACGACCAGCAGUAAAUAGGGCAGAGUCGACUUCAGGCCGACAGCGUGUCAGUAUAUUUGGAAUGCUCCUGGUCGGACUGAACUCACUGCUGCUUAAAACUACUCACAACAUUUAGACCAGCCGCACUUGCCGGAAGUUCUACUUACCAGAGACCAGUACAUCACAUCAUCAUCCCAGGAACAUGAAGAGAACCCGACACGACAGCAGCAGCGAGGACUCAGACCAUGGAAGGAAGAAACAGAAGUAUAAGGAGAGAGAGCAGGCCUACUGCCUGAGGAGCAGUGAGAGGCGUGGCCUGGGGACUCUUAGAGAGAUGUCUGCAGGUAAUUCCACGUCCUGGUCGCAGCAGUCUAAAUUGCUCCACAGAAAAAGUCAGGGGACCAAACCCUCAGAGGUGUUCAGGACAGACUUGAUCACAGCCAUGAAGCUGCAUGACUCGUGCCAGCUGGCCCCAGAGGAGUUCUAUGUGCUGGCGGACCCCUGGAGGCAGCAGUGGGAGAAGGGGGUGCAGGUGCCGGUCUCCCCCCAGUCCAUCCCCCAGCCCGUCGCACGGCUGGCAGCGGACCAGGGGACGGAGGCCAGGUUCACCCGGCCCAAGAGCCGUCUCCGCUCGCCAGGCUGCCCGGCGCUGGGCUACGUGGACGUCCUGGCGCUGGCGGAGGGGACGUGUCGCUACGACCUGAACGAGCAGGACGUGGCCUGGCUGCACAUCGUCAACCAGGAGUUCUGUCGGAUGGGGAUGCCAGUGCUGGACGAGAUCACCAUGGAGAGGGUCAUGGAGGAGUUUGAGCGCCGUUGCUAUGACAACAUGAGCCUCACCAUGAAGACGGAGGAGGGCCUGGGCAUCGAGUACGACGAGGACGUGGUGUGCGACGUGUGCCAGUCUCCUGACGGGGAGGACAACAACGAGAUGGUCUUCUGUGACAAGUGCAACAUCUGCGUGCACCAGGCGUGCUAUGGCAUCCAGAAGGUUCCGGCUGGGAGCUGGCUGUGUCGGAGCUGUGCCCUCGGCCUCCAACCCCGGUGCCAGCUGUGCCCCCGGGAGGGCGGCGCCAUGAAACCCACCCGGAGUGGAACCAAGUGGGUUCAUGUCAGCUGUGCUUUGUGGAUCCCAGAGGUGAGCAUUGGGAACCCAGAGAAGAUGGAGCCCAUAACCAAUAUAUCCCAGAUCCCCAGUAGCCGCUGGGCGCUGCUGUGCUGCCUGUGUAAGAAGAGCACCGGCGCGUGCAUACAGUGCUCAGCCAAGAACUGCCGGACCGCAUUCCACGUGACGUGUGGCCUUCACAACCGCCUGGAGAUGAACACCAUCUUGACCGAGGAGGACGAGGUGAAGUUCAAGUCCUACUGCCCCGAGCACUCUGGCCUGGAGGGCAAGUCCAGGGAGGACAACCGGGCGGAGGAGAGUGAGGGGGCCAGAGAGAAGCGGAGGAGGAGGAGGGGGAGAAUGAAAGAGGAGCAGGAGGAGCAGCGGGCUCCCCCCGGCCCCCCCCCCGGAGGCCUCAACAUCCAGCAGCAACAGGAGGAGGAGCAGCGGGUCAGCCUGCGCCGGUUGAAGCUGCAGCAGCUGGAGGAGGACUUCUACCAGUGCGUGGACGUGGGGGAGGUGGCCCAGUGCCUGGCCGUGGCCCAGCAGGCCGUGGACUUUGUGUUCCAGUACUGGAAGCUGAAGCGGCGGGCCGGCUUCAACCAGCCGCUGCUCCGGCCCCGGCAGGAGGAGGAGGAGAGCCUGGCGCGCUGCCAGCACGCCGUCCUGCUCAGGAGGCUGCAGCUCUUCACGCACCUGCGCCAGGACCUGGAGAGGGUGCGUAACCUGACCUACAUGGUGACGCGGAGGGAGAAGAUGAAGCGAGCGCUGCUGCGUGUUCAGGAGCAGGUCCUCCAGCAGCAGCUCCGACAGCUGGACCAGCAGCAGCUGACUGGUGAUGCGUCCACCAAGGCCUCAGAGGAGAGGAUGCCUCUUGAGUCAGGUGUUAGGUCUGCUCGCGGCACCGCGGCCACGCGCGGCUCAAGAAGGAAGGAGCGGGGGAAGGCGGGACACAGGAGGAGUCCAGUCCAGGUGCCAACCAAUCAGAGAGGGAGGGAGGAUCAGCACACGCCGGUCAAGGAAGAGGAAAGCCACACCAGACUGGAGCGUCCUGAUGAGGUCCGCUCUCCCCGAGUGCAGCCUUCUGGGGCCCGAGGCAGCGUCUGGGUGGGAGGCCUGUACCCAGACUUGCAGCAGCGGAGGGUCAGCGUGGUGCUGACCAGACUGAGGCCAGAUGCCGAGCAGCACAUGGAGCAGAGGAGGAGGAGCGGACGCAGGGAAAGGUCCCUCCUCCAGACCAGAACCAGACUGGGGACCUGUGAUAGAAACUCCUCUGCAGAGGACAGUCCUGGUGACUGCAGACCAUCCACUCAGCCGAUGUCAGCACCCAGCAAGCCCCCAGGGGGCCAGAGGAAGGAGCCCUGCGCUCGCGCCAACGGUCUGCUCUCUGCAGCCGUGGGCAGCCAUCUGAAAAACUGGGGGAAGUUUCGAAUCCCCAGGAGGAGUGAGAGAGCGUCGGAGGUGUUGGAGACGCCCCCCCAGCCCAGCAAAGUCCCCUCCAGGCCUGCUUGCAGCCCCAGGGAGCCCUCCUACCCCAGGACGAGGCUACGGACCGGGACUGAGGGCAGCCUCCCUGGGGCGGAGCCGUGCGUGAGGAGGUGUCACUCUCACCAGCUGCGGGGAGACUCCGCCCUUGCCCGGCGCUACUGCGCUGACAUCAUCCGCCAGGGCGUUCUGGCCUCUUGAUAAAACAUUUAAAAAAAGGGUAGAACACUUGAAAGUGAGGCUGGGUAAGGGGUAGUGGAUAAAGCUUAACUAGCUGGUAGUGUCUUAUUUUGUGUUAGUGAAGAUCAAUAUAUGUAUAUUUUUUGUAACAUUUGUCAUUGUGAUUCUUUAUAUUUUCUUCAUAAAAGUCUAGUUGAGAAGGCUUGAUUAUGCCACUCACAAGCUAUUACAGAGUUAAGACUAUCGCUUGGGUACAUAAACUGAGUAUAUUUUUUUCAAAGCUAAAUUAUACAAUUGCAGUCGUCAAUUGUUUGCAGUAUGUGUGUCCUGGAAUCAAGUGUUAAUGAGAAUUAUUUCAGCGGUAUUCUGGGAUGGAUGAAUACACAAUCUAAUUGUGUCCUAUAGUUUGUAUACAGGAAGUCCUAGUCACAUCAACACCCUUCACCUCUACAGCCCAGAACCUCAACUGAAGGAGGUUGAAAUAAUGUGCCUAGCUUUUAUUUGAAGCCCUUUGCACUAAGAGUAUGGCACCGAAUUGUCAGAUACUUUUUUUUUUUUUUACACUGAAUCAGUUUUCUUGCUGCUGUACAGUUAUGCAAAGUAAUUUAGUUUUGUCACAAAUAAAAAUGGAAACCUUUCAAGCA